AUAGCCACCUGAAUGCGUGAUCAUUAGAAAAACGACUCUACACCGUUCGCGCUGUAUCGCGCUAAAACAACAGAAACGAUCAAAAACAACCCUUAUUCCUAAACUGCAGUUCCGUUAUUCUACAUCUGCAUCUGAGAGAAAAUAAACGACGUUCUGAUCCAGCUACUCUUCCGUUGACUUUGAGAGGGAUCUCAGGAUUGAGCCCAUCUGUGAGUUACCAAGGAUGUCCAGACGCAGUCUCCGUCUGCACACCAGCGCAAGUCACUAUGGGGACGACAGCCUGCUUGACCACCACAGCGCCUCCUACAGCCGUGAAAAGACUCUGAAGAGCAGAAGAUCUUGUCAUUCUGUUUUAGAGUCAGCACCAAAUUUUCAAACGCCGAGGUUUGCCUCAACAUCAGUCCUGCAGGCACAUAACAGCACCCUGAACAGCUGUGCCCCCAGUGAUGCCUCUCUGCUGUCCUCUCUGCUGGAUGAGUCCUCCAUACAGGAGCGCACACUUGUUGACAGCUUCUGGGGUUUGGAUGAAGAACGUGAAAUCCAUGACCAACCAAUCGUUUCACAACUCAUCACAAUGGAAGCCAAGAUGCAGACCUCCACAACACAGAAUGGCUACAUCUCUAAAGACCAUCCCAUCCCGUCUCCCACCAAGAACGACAGCUCCCUUAAUAAUACAGCUGUACAUCAGGCAUCUUUAACAGAAGCUCCCAGCACCGCCACAACAGUUUACUGCAGGGACAAGAAUCGCAAACAUAAACCAGGUGUACUGAGGAGGUUGUCUGAGAUGUGCCUUCAUUUCAGCAGAAGAAUUAUUGCACUUGUAGUGUACAUAUGCACACUGCUGAUACAAGUGACUCUGCUCAAAGGUCUGGUGUUAUCGGUGUCGCUCUGGUGUGUGCGAGUGGCUAAGGGAAUUGCUCACUCUGCAGCCACAUUUCUGAGGAAGACACUCAUGUCUGUGCGGCAAAUGAAAGCCGCCUGUUGGUGUGCUAAGAGAGGCAAUCAGAAGUACAUCAGCACUAUGAGUGUUAAAGAGGUGGUGCUUCAAAAGGAGCAACCAAAGUUUAGCGGCGUACUGUGUGAUGAUUGCAAAAGGAAGCAGAAUUUUGCUAUGGACAAAUCGUUUUCCCAGGAACAGAAGCCUGUAGGGAUCUUAUGGGGGCUUAUACUUUUUCCAGGGAAGGCAGCUUCAAAUAGCAUCUUGUGGCUAGUCAAUCUCUUUACAACGUGUCUCCCUAUGCUUUCAAAAGUCCUGUUUCUUGUACCUUUACUUCUGUUCCUCGCUCUAUACUACUGGGGGCCAUCUGGACUGAUAGCCAUGCUGCCUGCAACUAGUAUGAUGAGGGACAACUCCCACCUCAGUCCUCCAACAUCCUCUAUGGGUGGCUUAGAUGAGGGACAAACUACAGCUGACACAGACUCUCAGAGGCCAUCAGUGGUGUCUUCAGUAGAGGCAGAGAGGCUGAUGCGCUUGGAGGAGAGCGUGUCUCAGCUGUGGGAUCGAGUGGCUGGAGGUUUGCUCAGGCAGGAAGAGCAGCACACUGAAAUGCUCAGUCUGUAUAACACCCUGCGCUCAGAGAUUCACGGAUACACUGACAGAGAGAGUCUGGGCAAAUGGAUUGGAGAUAUGUUGGAGGAGAGAUUCAGCCUACUAAAAGGAGAAGUACAGAAAGAGGUCAAGUACACACAGCAGCGUCAGGAAAAGCAUGCAGAAGAGCGUCAGUCAGAGAACACUCGACUCGCUGAAGCUGAGGCUUUACUCCAGACACUUGCACGCAAAACUGAGGAGCUGCAGAGAAAACAAGAGCCCACACUCAGAAAGGUUCCUGAGGCAGAGGCGCCUAGCCCUGAUCCUCAAAGCGAGGAAGCUGAGAGCAGCGCUGCUGAGGCUCUUCUGGUAGAGGUAAGGCGCCUAGAGGAUGCUUUGGAGAGGAUCAGAGAUGAUGUACAGGGGCUGAUGAAAUGCAGAGACAAAUGUGAGCAACUGGACUCUUUCUCAGGCUCAGUGUCUGCACAGGUGAAGGAGGAAAUCAAAUCUUUGUUUUAUGGCAAUGAUGUUGGAGCAGCAGAGCUUGAGCUUCCAGAAUCUCUCCUGCAGUGGAUCUCAGAUCACUUUGUGAGCACCUCUGAACUGCAGACCUCACUCAGUGCAUUGGAGAGCAGCAUUCUGGGCAACCUGUCCCUUCAGGUAGAAGAGGGUCAGUUACCUUCUAAAGAGACGAUCACCAAAACUGUACUAAAUGCGGCAGGGGAGGCAGGCCUCUCUGAGGAACAUGUACAGCUGAUUGUCACCAAUGCAAUAAAGCUCUACUCUGAAGACCGCAUUGGUAUGGUGGACUAUGCAUUGGAAUCUGGAGGAGGAAGCAUCAUAAGCACACGUUGUUCAGAGUCCUUCAACACCAAAACGGCACUGCUGAGUCUGUUUGGCCUCCCGCUGUGGUACUUCUCUCAGUCACCACGUGUAGUCAUACAGCCAGAAGUGCAUCCAGGCAACUGCUGGGCAUUCAAAGGUUCAACUGGUUAUAUAGUGAUCGGUUUGUCCAUGAAGAUCGUGCCAACAGCCUUUACACUGGAACAUGUGGCUAAAUCUCUGUCGCCCACUGGAAACAUCAGCAGUGCCCCACGAGAAUUCAAUGUAUAUGGUCUUGAUGAUGAGCAGCAGGAAGAGGGGCAGUUGCUCGGACAGUAUGUUUAUGAAGAAGAUGGGGAUUCUCUUCAGACCUUCCUGGUCUCUGACGAGGUCUCGAGUGGUUUCCAGAUCAUUGAGAUGAGAGUGCUGUCUAACUGGGGGAAUCCUGAAUACACCUGUGUGUACCGUUUCCGGGUGCAUGGGAAACCUUCCUAACCCAAUGACUUGCAAGCACUUGGGACAUUACGAACUCCUGACAGUUUGUCACCUGACUGACAAAAAGAACUGAGGAAAAAAAAAGUGCCAUAGAGCUAUCCUGUUGGACCUGAGAUGACCCCAGGACGUCUGCGGUGUAUGAUUGCAUGCUGGUACAUGUACUGUGAAGCCUCAGGGCCACACUCAGCACUUGCACUCUCGUCUCAUCCUGAUGCAUUACACACAUUUUUCUCUUUUAUCAAGUUAUUUGGAAUAUCUAUUAUUAAUAUAUUAUUAAAAUUAUUAUAUAUUUGUAGAACUGUCACCAGCAUAGAAAUGCAUUGACAAUUCUCUGUAUGACAAGCAAACCGCUGAAGAUUGUAUUGUAGACUGAAUGUAAAUCUUGUUAAGUUCUUCAGUUUUGUGCUUUUUGUUUUGUUUUUUAUUUGACUGUUCGUUUUUGCUCGCUGCCAUGUGCCCUAUUUAAAAAUUGCUAUUUAUUUUUGUGGAUUUAAGUUGUUGUAAGCAACUUGGAUUGUGUAUUUUUGUAUGUGCUUUCAUGAUCUUUAUGCAAUGGAUUUUGUAAUUGCCAUUUGAUCUUUAUAGGCUGGCUUUUCAAAUAAAAUUCAUGAUUUUUUAUUUUA